AUCACAUGACUAGAAGUCAACUCAAAGGCGUAUGUGCUGUAUUUUCCUUCAUUUCCCGGUGUUGUCAGGAGAUAUUUGUGUGGCAGUAGUUGCAUUUUUUCACGAACCUGUUUGGUGUCCUUCCGAGAACCUUCUGACUGCAGACUGUGGUGAGUUAUCCCAUCUAGCGCAUCAUCAUGGUGGAGCCCACUGCCUCGGGUGUGUUCUGUAACCGCAUGCUGAGCAUGGUCAACUCUGAAGACGUCAAUGCCAUCAUCCAGGCGCAGAGACACAUGCUGGAUCGUUUUGAGAAAACAAACGAAAUGCUCAUCAAUUUCAACGGACUGUCAAACGUGCGAUUGCAGCAAAUGAACGAGCGUUUCCUGCUCCACACCCGCACCCUUGUUGAGAUGAAGAAAGACCUGGACAGCAUAUUCAGGAGGAUCAGAACACUGAAAGGGAAGAUUGGUAAACAGUACCCUGAUGCCUUCAGCAACAUCCAUGAGUCACCCAUCCUGGAGGAUGAUGAUGAUGAGUUUGACCUAGUUCCUCCUAGUAUUGCUACGACUACAACAACAGUCACUUCAGAGCAGAGUACGGAAUCUUGUGAUACGAGUCCAGAUGUGGUCUCACCUGCCGUGAGCAGAUGCUCCGAUGAACUGUCUCAGGAGCCUGUGGACACACCCACCUCAGACGCUGCGGACACAGCUGUCCUGCAGGAUGAGGGCCCUGACUCUGUUUGUGCGGAGUAAGCUUUUUUUGAAUGGGUCUGAAGUGUGUUGUCACGUUUUGGAUUUUAUUGAUUUCUCUAUGAAUACGACGAGUACGAGUGAUGUUACCUGGGACAGGAUUCAGAAUCUUUGUUGGCAGUCGGUAUGUUGUGAGCAUAAAUGGAUGCAAUGUUUUGACACCUAGUGUGUAGCCCAAAGUUACUGUCAGCAGUGAUUUGCACGCAUUUACAAAGUAGUGACCCUUGCUGCACUCUGGACGGUUCGUCACUAUUCGCCUGGAAUGAGUGUUAUGCCAUUCUGAGGUUGAAGCAUCGAUGUUUCUUUUAAUUUGAUCCUCAGUGUGAGGGGUUUUGUUUUACUGGUGAAAUACAAUAAGGCUAUUUCUUUUAAUAUGUGUUUGUUUUACAUGUGGAAAUAUUGCAGGAUUCAACAUCCUGAUCAUAAAUAAACGUUUUUGUAAUAAACAAAAAGAAACGCCAUGGACUUGUUUGAACAGUCUCUGCUCAAAAUGUCAGAAAAUAUUUUCAAGGACAGUUACUGAGCUUCAUCGGAGCUUCAUCUCUCUCUUAUUGAACUAGGAAGGAGAAAGUAAUUAAAAGGAUAGAAAGAAGAAUGAAUACUUGUCAGAGGUCACUUGUGACCCAUGCCAGUCAUCUGUAUCAUGGUGCCCUUUCAGGUAAGAAACAAAAGCCAAGUGCCAUUACUUGUAACUGUGUGUUUACACAGGCAAUAUAUGUGUUUUAAUAUUUCAAUUCAUUCUCACAGUUGUACCCAUCAUACACUCCUUGAGCAGGAUGCACAUUCUCAUGUUGUUUUGACUGCACAUU